AUGAGCUCAAGACUACCUGGACCCAGAGUUCUGAAGCUCACAAAUUGGCAUGCUCGUGUCCUUGAUGCAUUUCUCGCACUGUCGAAAGGGGGAGGUCUCAUGGGCAGCCUCCAUCGCAGAUAUGGCCCUGUCCUUCAAACCUCCCGCAAUGAAUUGUCCGUCAAUAGUGCAGCAGGGAUCCGAGAUCUAUAUGCUGGGGCCCGCCGACUGGAUCGCCCAGACCCCCUGGUUAUAUUCCACAACUAUCAAGCCGAGAACCUUGUAGCAACUGAAGACGGCCAGCUGCAUCACGACCGGCGGAAGCCAAUUCGCAGCAUCUAUUCUGUUACCGCUGUGGAAGCUGAGGCGACACAAGAGGUCAUCCAUGAGGCUGUCGCACGACUCGAGACGUACCUGCGUGCCCAAAGACAACCCCUGGAAGUAAAGCCAGCCCUCCGCCUUCUCUUAUACGAGAUCAUGAGCCAUAUCGUUUAUGGCAAAGAACACGCGCUCAAUCUCUUCGAAAGUUCCACCGAACGAGAAGCCAUAGACCAUGACACAACCUACCAGCAAGACCGACUCUUCAGCUUAUCAGUCCUGGUCCCCGCCUGGCUCCCUCGCUUCACCCUAUGGCUCCGCCGCAACAACCUCGCGCCCAGAGCUCUUGCUGGCAACUUCCCACCAGGACUAGUCGCCGACCGCCUGAGUAGAGAUGCGCUUACCGCCCUGAAAGCCAGCAAGACACGAGUCCCACCGUCGCCACUUCCCGACCAAGACCCCGAAAGUCUGAUAUCCCGCCUCCACGACCACUUCACCACCCAGGGCCCCACCCCCGCCAUCCCCUCCGAAGCCUACAUCCUCAGCGAGUGCGUUGACCACUUCUGGGCCGGCACCAGCACCACAGUCGACGCCCUCAUCCCACUCCUCCACCACCUCUCGCAACCCGAGAACAAAGCUCGCCAGGCACGGCUACGGCGGGAGCUCCGUGAAGCUGCCAUUACACCUGCUGACCCUUCGACUCCGCCACUGCUUCCGUCCGCGAACACGCUCAAGAAGUUGCCAUUCCUCGACGCUGUGAUCCGCGAAACAUUGCGCCUGAACCCGCCUAUUCCCGCGAGCAUGACACGGCGGGUAUCGACGCGGGAGGGGCCAGUUUCGGUAUGCGGUCAUCGGAUACCGCUGGGGAUGGUGGUUGGCGCGUCGCCGUAUGUGGUGGGGCGGAACCCGGACGUGUAUGAGCGGGCGGAACAGUGGGUGCCUGAGCGGUGGCUGGCCGGGCAAGAGGGCGCUGCAGACGAUUCUGGCGAAGGCAACGGGGAGAAGCUGCGGGAUAUGAAGAGGCAUUUCUUUGCGUUUGGCGCUGGUCCGAGGAUGUGUUUGGGUGUGAAUGUGGCGUGGGCUGCGAUGAGGGCGGCGGUUGCGGGCGUGUAUGGCAGGUUUGAGACGGAGCUGGUCGUGGCGGACAAGUCGGGGUGGACCGGACAGAAAGCGGAGGACAGAGUGCGUUUCAGGAGGCUUCACGACUGCUGA